AUGUUAGUCUCUUACCAGAAGAUCAAGAGUUUCGGGACUUCUUCAAAGAGGCUGCAAAAAAUCGUCAUUCGGAGGUCUAGAGAUAAACAUUCUGAGAUUGACUGUUGGAAGAGAGAAGAAAGCGAUCCCUCCACCGAGGAGGAAGAGAUGUUUCUUAACUCAGUCUAUGGUAUGGAGGGGGAGGAUAUGGGAACUCCAGAAACAAUCUUCAACGAUACCUCCUCUAUGCAGAUUGGGGAAGCAAGCACACCAGAAGAAGGCCGUCCUGCACACUCGGCAAAGGUCGAGGCAUUAUUGACGAACCUUGAUUUAGAGAGAGCUAACUUCGACAGGCCGAAGCCUCUGAAAAGUGUCGUCUUCAGCUGCUGGACCAAGAUGCUAGACCUAGUCCAGGACGCCCUCCGGGCAAAGGGGUUCAACUACCAACGAAUAGACGGGCAGUCGAGCCUGAAGGCCCGAUCAGAGGCCAUGGAGAUAUUCACCGAGGAUAGCAACUGCACAGUCAUGCUGGCGAGCAUAGGAAGCGCCGGCGAAGGUGUGGAUUUCACAGUCGCACAAUACGUCCACCUCCUCGAGCCGCACUGGAACCCCAUGGCCGAGGCCCAGGCUGUGGACAGGGUGCAUCGCAUCGGCCAGACAUCGCCCGUCACUAUCACGCGAUACAUCGUGCCCGAAUCUGUCGAGACUUACAUCCAAUGGGUUCAGAGCGACAAGCUCAGAAUUAUCAACCUGUCUUUUGACGCAAUGAGCGAGGAUGCGGUGAAGAUCGAGGAAAGGCGGUGGCAGAAACUUCAGAGUUACUUGCAGUAG